AGUGAUUGUUGGCUGUCAGUUGGCGCUCUAGUCACUUCAGCUGCAAGGUGAGGAGAAGAACCAGUGAUGGGUGUCAAGGAUCAGCUGAUUGCAGAGAAUGGAGUGUCAGCUGGCAGACAGGAGGAGAAGAAGAACAUGAAUCCUUCUGUGAGACUAUCAGCUGUUAAGAGAUGGUACAAAGCAGCUACAAGUCAUGUUGGGCUGUUUGUUGCUCUCAUUGUUUACACAGCCCUAGGAGGAUUGAUAUUCCGUCACUUAGAGUACCCGGAUGAGUUGAGCCGACUACGUCAGCUUGAGUCGCAAGUGAGAGAGGAGCGAAGGUGGCUUCUCUGGGACAUGUACAAUGGAUCCCUCUCUUACAUCCAGUAUGAUCAGGCGCUUGCCAGGUAUGAGGUAGUAGUACAAGAGGUAGCCAAGGGAGGUGUUCAGCUACCUCUAUCAGACACAACUCACAUCCAUAGCUUAGCCCGCUGGAGCUAUCUGCAGGCUGUCUUCUUUGCUUCUACUGUCCUUACAACGAUCGGUUACGGGAACAUCACCCCUUCCACCAUGGAGGGCCGUCUGUUCUGUAUGAUGUAUGCUCUUGUGGGUAUCCCCUUGACCUUGAGCGUGCUAGCAGACCUCGGCUCGCUGCUCGCUAGCUCGCUACCCAGCAUGCCCGAGGCCUCUGGACUGAAGAGAUCGCUGGCCUCCGCCGCACUAGCUACCUCCAUACUGCUUGUUUACAUUGCCAUUGGCUCGAUCGUUUUCAUAUCUUGGGAGAAGGAAUGGACGUUCUUCGAUGGAUUUUAUUUCUGCUUUGUCACCAUGACAACUAUCGGAUUUGGAGAUCUUGUUCCAAGUACUCCGCAGUACAUGUUGUUGUGUACACUUUACAUCCUGCUGGGACUGAGUCUAACGUCCACCAUCAUAGAGCUGGUGAGACAGCAGUACUCACAGUCCUGGCGUCAUCUACAAGCCUUGGCAGAGACCCUCGGCCGUAUGGCAGACCAACGAUCUGACGUACAAUCUGACUUGCGCAGGAUCAUUACUGUGGUCAACUUCACACGAGAUAAGAAGCCCAAAGACUGGGAGCAAGCAGUACAGCAGCUAGCAGAGGAGUUGCACAAGCACAGUGUUAAACCACAAGUUGUACAAGUUAUAUUUUACGAGUCGUCAGUUUGAUGAAUACACUUAACGAGGUAAAAAAUAAAUGAUCUUCUUUUCAUUUUCAUACCAUGCAGUGUAAACCAGAGAAAGUUAUUCUGGGAAUUUUAUUCUGAAUGUUAAAAAAAUUUAAACUGAAAAUG